CAUGGUUCUCUUGUAUACUACAGUUGUGUGCUUGAUCCUGGGGACAAGAUUGUGGACUGUCCUCCAACCUUCACAAUGUAUGAAUUUGACGCUGCAGUAAAUGGAGCACUUGUUAUCAAAGUUCCAAGGAAGCCAGACUUCAGCUUGAAUGUUGAACAGAUCGCAGAAGUUGUUAAACAAGAGAAGCCCAAAUGCAUAUUUUUGACAUCUCCAAAUAAUCCAGAUGGGAGUAUAAUUGAUGACGAUGUUCUCUUAAAAAUACUUGACCUUCCCAUAUUGGUGAUAUUGGAUGAAGCAUACAUUGAGUUUUCGGCAAUUGAAUCGAGGAUGAGUUGGGUGAAGAAACAUGAGAAUUUGAUUGUUCUUCGGACAUUUAGCAAAAGAGCUGGUAUUUUAUUAAUUUUUUUCUUUCCCUAUUUUACACAAUUAAACCUUCGGCCAUUUCCAAGCCAUUCUAAUUUCAUUCUUUGUGAGGUUACAUCUGGAAAGGACGCAAAAAAGCUAAAGGAGGACCUCGCACAAAUGGGUGUGAUGAUUCGUCACUACGACAAGAAAGAGCUGAAAGGGUACGUUCGAGUAACUGUUGGUAAGCCUGAACAAACAAAUGUACUUAUGAAGUGUCUCAAGAAAUUGUCGUAGGAGCAAAAUUUUAAUGAAAUAAACACUGUAACAUUUUAAAAUCACCAUUAAUGUUCUAAACAAUUAAUGAUUUUUUUAAUUUAUA